AUGGACUUCCUCAAGCAGGAAAUCGCCUCCAAGAAGCGCGCCCUCGACCAGAUCGCCUCGGCCACCUCGACAGCGUCGCCCUCCGCCCCCAACUCGGACCAACUUCCCCCGUCCAAGUACAUCCGCCGCGCAGAGCUCGACCGCCUCCGCGACGAGGAGGAGCAGCGCGAGCGCGCCCGCAAGGAGCAGGAGCGCAAGGAGCGCCUCUACGGCGCCGCAAAGCGCGUCGCCGCAAAGGAGCAGCAGACGGGCACCACCCUCCUCCCGCCCUCGGACGCCCCGCCAGGCGCACAAGACGCCGCCCCAGCCGCCGUCGCCGUCGUCGAGCAGUCCAAGCCCGAAGCGUUCAACGUCUCGAACGACGAGUGCGUCCGCCGCCUGCGCCGCAUCGGCCACCCCAUCCGCCUCUUUGCCGAGUCGGACAAGGACCGCCGCCUGCGCCUGCGCGCUCUCGAGCUCAUCGAGGAGCGCACCGAGGGCCAGCGCAACGAUUUUAUGCGCGCCAUGGAGGGCCAGGAGAUCGGCCUCGAGCUCGCAGAGGUCGCGAGGCGGUCCAACGCCGGCGGCGCAGCGACGGCCGAGCGCAAGGGCAAGGGCAAGGGCAAGGAGACGCCCAAGGACGGCUCGGCGACGGCGACACCCGAGCCGGCGGCAGGACCGGCGCUCGAGGCCGCGGGCGACAAGAAGGAGCCCAAGCCCAAGGACGAGGACGUCCUCGUCGACCUCGACCUCGUGCGCUCCAACCCGCACAAGGUGUACCCGCAGAUCUACCACGCCCUCAAGCGCGUCCUCAAAGAGUGGGAGCAGUCGCUCGCCGACCGACCAGAAAACAUCAAGCGCAGCCAGCAGGGCAAGAUGGCCGCCGCGACCUGCGCGACCUCGGCCGAGUACCUCAAGCCGUUGUUCAAGUCGCUCCGCAAGCGCGAGCUCGCGCCCGACGUGCUGCAGAACAUUGCCGAGAUCACGCACAACAUGCAGAAGCGCGAGUACCUGCGCGCCAACGACGCCUACCUGCGCCUCUCGAUCGGCAACGCGCCGUGGCCGAUCGGCGUCACCAUGGUCGGCAUCCACGAGCGCUCGGGCCGCGAGAAGAUCUUCAGCAACAACGUCGCGCACGUCUUGAACGACGAGACGUCGCGCAAGUACAUCCAGAGCCUCAAGCGUCUCCUCACGUUCGCCCAGGCCGUUCGCCCGCCCGCCGAUGUCUCUCAGAAGAUGGGCUGA